CUUCCUGUCCUGCCUUUUUUUUCCUCCGAAGGAAAGCGGGGCUUUGGCUGCUGGAAAAGAUGGCUGGGAUCUGUUUCUCCCUUUCUGGGAUCCGGGGAGCUUCCUUUCCCCCGUUGCAACUGGGAGGGAUGGACCCAGUGGCCUUUGAGGAGGUGGCUGUUUACUUCUCCCAGGAGGAGUGGGCAGAGCUGGAUCCUAACCAGAGGGCCCUGCACAAGGAAGUCAUGAAGGAGAACUGGCAAACUGUGUCCUCUCUGAAAAAUUACUGUGGAAAGUCUUUUGCGUACAAAUUAGAACUUGCUGCACACCAGGGAACCUAUACAGAAGAAGAAAGUUAUAUGCAAGAGAAGAUCUGUGAAUCUGUCAUGUGUAGAAAACAUUUUGCCAUGCAGAUGCCUUAUAAAAAGGUCCGUGCUGGGAAAAAGUGCUUUCAAAGUGAAGUGUCUAGGAAACAUUUAAGUCACAAUUUGCAAUAUCUUAGCUACCAAAGACUCCACACAAGAGGGAAACCACACAAAUGCCAGGAGUGUGGGAAAUGCUUUGCCCACAGGUCAAGCAUUGUGAAUCAUAAGAGAGUCCACUCAGGGGAGAAAAUGUACAAAUGCCAGGAGUGUGGGAAAUGUUUUGUUUUGAAAUCAAAACCUCUGGUUAUUACAGGGGUCCACACAGGAGAGAAACCUUUUAAAUGCCCAAAGUGUGGGAAAUGUUUUGCUUUGAAUUCAGUGCUUGGGAGACAUAAGAGAGCCCACAGAGAAGAGAAACCGUACAAAUGCAAGGAGUGUGGGAAAUGCUUUGCCAAGAAAUCACAGCUUGUAAGUCAUAAGAAAGUCCACACAUCGGAGAAACCAUAUAAAUGCCAGGAGUGUGGGAAAUGUUUUGCCUGGAAUUCAAAUCUUGUGAGACAUAGCAAAGUCCACACAGGAGAGAAACCAUACAAAUGCCAGGAGUGUGGGAAAUGCUUUACCCAAAGGUCACAGCUUGUGAGUCAUAAGAGAGUCCACACAAGAGAGAAACUGUGCAAAUGCCAGGAGUGUGGGAAAUGCUUUACCCAGAAGUCACAGCUAGAAAAGCACAAGAGAGUCCACACAGGAAAGAAACCAUACAAAUGCCAGGAGUGUGGGAAAUGUUUUGCUUUGAAUUCAAUGCUUUUGAGACAUAAGAGAGUCCACACAGGAGAGAAACCGUACAAAUGCCAAGAGUGUGGGAAGUGUUUUGCUCACAGUUCACAACUUGUGAGUCACAAGAGAACCCACACAGGAGAGAAACCGUACAAAUGCCAGGAAUGUAGAAAAUGCUUUGCCCAGAGGUCACAGCUUGUGAGUCACAAGAGAGUCCACACAGGAGAGAAACCAUACAGAUGCCAAGAGUGUGGGAAAUGUUUUCCUUGGAACUCAAGCCUUGUGAGCCAUAGCAGAGUCCACACAGAAAAGAAACUGUACGUAUGCCAGGAGUGUGGGAAGUGUUUUGCUCACAAUUCACAGCUUGUGAGUCACAAGACAAUCCACACAGGAGAGAAACUAUGCAUAUGCCAGGAGUGUGGGAAAUGCUUUGCUUUGAAUUCAAUGCUUGUGAAACAUAUGAGUGUACAUACAGGAAAUUGUACAAAUGCCUGGAGUGUUGAAAAUGUUUUGCACCGAACUCGCAGCUUGUGAGCCAUAAGAGAAUCCGCACAAGAAAAACUAUAAAUGCCAGGAGAACAGGAAAUAUUUUGCUCAGAAUGUAUACUUUUCUAGGCCAUCAGAGAAUCCACAUAGGAGAGAAACUUUUCUAUUUGUGUCAUUGGAGACAAAUUUGGCAGAAUAGCAUUUAGCUUACAAAAUCAAUAAAUUUCAAAGAAAAAUAAAGAUGUUUUAUAGAUGCCAUAUAUGACUCCAACAAAACUUUCUAAAAUGUAUGAAAAUGUUUCUAACAAGUGGUGGAAAUAACACAGGAGGGUACUUUCUAUCAUGUUUGGUGGACAUGUAGGGAAGCAAUAAAAUUACUGGAGAUUAGUGCAUGAAACUCUGAAAAAAAAAUGCAUCCUGUACAAUACCAUUUAAACCAGAAUUGUUUUUAUUGACUAUUAUGCCUGAAAGUCUAAGUACUGUAAAGAAAUGAUAUAUUUGAUAAUACAUGUUGUCAUGACCCAGCUUCCUGUGAGGGAGAACUUGGUCAGACCGACAGAGAGUAAUUGGAAGUCUGAGUACCCCUAUGCAGCUGGGUUGAAUCCUGGUGACCUCAGCCAGUGCGUACAACAAACUCCUUCUUACAAGUCUGCCCUAAAAAGAUAUUUGCUGACCCUUAACAACGUUCAGCAGGAAAUUACACAUGAGCUUUGUAGUCCCUAAGAUCUACCUGACUCAGUUAUGUACGACUCAGUAGCUUAAUGUGGCCUUGCUUCUCCCUCUGUGAAUAGCUAAGACAGGCUUCACUGUUCAAGAGACCAAAAGAUUUUA